AUGCACGAGGUCGGUACUCAUACAGAACUUGCCGAAAUUCUUCAAGAUUCACAACAAUCUCAGUCAACAACAACAUUUACUAAUGGAGAACAUGAAUUAUCGUCAAAAAAUUCAACGAAUCAUUUGUUAACUACCAUGGUUUCUUCUCAAGAGAAAUUUAUCGAAUUACCGUUGCAGCGUCUUCCAUCGUCGAAAAGUCGGUGCUGUGUUUGCCACGACUAUUUUUUGAAGAUCAAGACGCGAUGUUCAGAAAUCAACCAAUCCACACGUUCUAACAUGCUUCUUACUUACAAUAUUAUUGUUUCAGACGGUAGUACUUGCUGUUCAAAACAUUUACAAGACGACGAAUUCAAAGAAGAUGCUAUAGAAUUGAUGAAAAAAAUCCAGCAAUAUUAUAAUGUGACUAUCGACGAACUUAUGCAAUCAUUAACAGAUCUUAAAAUCUCAUUUGCACGGCUUAAAUCUUUAUUGUCGAAAACAUUAUAUCGUCCAGCUAUCAAUUUUGACGAUACUCAAAUGAUGUCGGACCAAUAUUUCAUUCUUACUGGUAUAUCAAAAGAGAGUUUCGAUAAUCUUUGUUCUCAUAUUUCGGCUACGAGACUCAGGCAAUCAGGUUUACGAUCGACUCGUCAGUCUAUCGGGUGUCUACUUGUUAAGUUGAGACUGGGAGUUAGUAAUCAGACUUUGGCUACAUUACUCUGUUUAUUCGAUAGGCGAAUAGUCAGUCGAGUUGUUGAUAGUGCACACACGGCUCUGAUGCAACAUUUUGUUCCAAGAUAUUUGGGAUUUGAUUAUUUGAGCAGACGUGAUCUUAUAUAUAAUCAUACACGACCAAUUGCUAAACGUCUUUUUACUCAGCCGGGAGAGGAUGAAGCAAUCUUCAUUCUCGAUGAAACAUAUUUGUACGUUCAAAAAAGUAGUAACAAUCUUUUACAACGUCGAACAUAUUCGUUGCACAAAGGACAGGCUCUUAUCAAGCCCAUAAUGUUUGUUUCCACACAUGGUUACAUCAUUUCAACGAUUGGACCAUAUCUUGCAGAUUGA